AGAUGGGGAUCUAUGGGGAUUUAUGGCAUAUAUGGGGUCUCAUGGGGUCUUAUGGGGAUAUACGGGAACUUAUGGAGAUAUACGGGGAUAUAUGGGGAUGUGUGGAGUCAUGUGGGGUUAUAUGGGGCUAUAUGGGCUUAUAUGGGAUGUAUGGAGGUAUAUGGGGUUAUAUGGGGCUGUAAGAGGAUAUAAGGGGAUGUAUGGGGUCAUAUGGAGAUAUAUGGGGCUGUAAAGAGAGAUAUGGGGUCACGUGGGGUUAUAUGGGGAUAUAGGGGGUUGUAUGGGUACUUAUGGGGCCAUAUAGAGAUGUGUGGGGAUUUAUGGGGAAUUGUGGGUCAUAUAGGGCUAUAUGGGGAUUCAUGGGGUAUAUGAGGUCUUAUGGGGUCAUAUGAGGAUAUAUGGGAGCUUAUGGGGUUAUAUGGGGGUGUAUGGGGAUAUGUGGGAUUUUAUAGGGUUGUACGGGAUGUAUGGGGUUAAAUGGGGUAUAUGGGGCCAUGUGGGGAUAUAUGGGGAUAUGUGGGGAAAUAUAGGGUUGUAUGGGGAUGUAUGGGGUUAAAUGGGGCAUAUGGGUUAAAUGGGGCCGUAUGGGAUAUAUGGGGAUGUAUGGGGUUAAAUGGGGAUGUAUGGGGUUAAAUGGGGUAUAUGGAUUAUAUGGGGAUAUAUGGGGAUAUAUGGGGCCAUAUGGGGCCAUAUGGGGAUAUAUGGGGACUACUGGAGGUCUAUGGGACAAAUGGGACAUGGGGUCACGUGGUGACAGCGGUGACACACGGUCACGGUGCCAGACAGACGUGGUGGACACGUGGUCACGUGACACCUGACCCCACAAGCUAUGGGGUGCCACUCUCCGGCCCUAUGGAGGCUGACGGGGACGUGGGGCCACGAGUGGGACCGGAACCAACGUGAGGGCCGCCAUGACGCUUCCGCCUCCGCCUCCCCGCGAGGAAGGGAAGGAACCUCCGGGACCCACAGCGUGGGGGGGGCGGCCCCACGGCCCCCAUUGCUCAGGAGCAUCUCCGUUCCCGCUCCGCCCCUCCCCUCGCCGCCCGCCAUGGACGUGACGUACGCGGUGGUGAACAAGGGGCGGGGCCGGGGGAAAGGACAAGGGCAUUUCCGGUGGAGAGCACGGCACUUCCGGUCGAGACCCACGCCCUCUUCAGCUCGAGACCUCGCCCAAUCCGGACGAGACCACGUGACCCGAGACCACGUUCAUUUCAUUGGAGACCACGCCCCCUUCGGACGAGACCACGCCCUCUCUGGAAGCCCCACCCACCCCAGAAGCCCCGCCCACUCCGGAAAGCCAAUGGGAACGCCCCCUGAUGGUGCCUAUGAAGAAGUGACGCCUCCAGGAGACAGCGCUGCUCCUGCACUGGGAUUUCGGGAUCGGCCCCCGAAGCCUCGGGGUCCCCGCGCCCCCCCCCCCCGCAUUGGGGUCAGCUGUGAGAGCGGCGGCGUUUUGGGGUCAAAAAGGGCGCAAUUGGGAAAACCCGACAAAUAAAGGGGAAAUCCUACAAGGCUUCCGGGACCUACAGCUUCUGCCACCCCAAAGCCCCCAUUUCUGACCCUAAAUCCCAAUUUUCUGACCCCAAAUCUCCCAUUUCUGACCCUAAAUCCCAUUUUUUGACCCCAAAUCUCCCAUUUCUGAGCCCUAAAUCCCUUUUCUGACCCCAAAUUCACUGUGACCCCAAAUCCCCCAUUACUGACCUCAAAUCCCCCAUUUCUGACCCUAAAUCCCAUUUUUGACCCCAAAUCCCAGAACUCUGACCCUAAAUCCCAUUUCUGACCCCCAAAUCUCCCAUUUCUGACCCUAAAAUCCCAUUUCUGACCCCAAAUCUCCC